CCCUUUUAUCUCUCGUUGUGGCUUGUCCUAUUCUUUCUGAGUCGGGACAUUUAGCAAUGAAGGGCCUAGCUUUCCCACAGUUUAUGCGCUUCCAUGGCCCUCUCCGCCAUAGCAAGACGUUCUUAGCGGUCGCAUCUACAAAGGAUGCAAUAUUGUCCAGGGUCCUCCUUUACCAACUUUCCCCUAAAACUAUUUCAUAGAAUCAUAGCCACCGCGGUGAAUAGCAUAUUAGCAUUCAUUGCCAAGUUCCAACAAGAUAUUGUUUACUACAGUGACAAUAGAAGAUCCAGUCAAAGACACGGUUUUGAAGAAAAAAAGUUAAGAAAUGAACUCAGGAGUCAGAACAAUUUCUGUUUCUUUUUUAGGGGUUAGAGCCUAGAGUCUAUAAAUAAUCCCUGCGACCUGCGGCCUGCCAUUG